AUGGCGGAAUUAACGACUGGCGUUCACAAAUUCAACGCACCAGACAUCGAGCUCACCUAUACGGUGCGAGGGUCUGGGCCAUAUCUCGUGGUACAAGCAGCUGGAUGGGGAAUUUCUUCGCAAUAUCUGCAGAUUGGCUUAUCGCCUCUCGAGAAUCGGUUCACCAUGAUCUAUCCAGAGCCCCGCGGUUCGGGCUCGUCCGCGCGACCACAACAGGUGGAAAUGAUGAGCACCUCUGAUAUGGCAGAUGACAUUGAGCAUCUGCGCAAAUACUUGGGACAAGAAACAAUCGAUUUAUUGGGCCAUUCGAAUGGAGGUACCAUUGCACUCGCUUAUGCUCAACGAUAUCCAAAUUCCGUCCGAAAUCUGGUUCUCGUCACGCACUGGCUCGACGGCUACGACGACAGCCGCGUCUGGCAACAAUUUGUGGAGGAUCGGAAAAACAACCCAGCAUUUGCAAAGGCCGUGGAAGCACUCGAGGAAGCCAAAACUAAAACGUUCAAGUCCCAGGACGAGUGGUUCCAGAGCUUACGGGUGAGAUUAUCGUUCUAUCCCGCCGACCCGGAGCAACAUUAUGCCAUCUUUGAGAAGGCCAUGGGCGUGCCCUCGUGGUGGGUCUACGAAUCGCAACUUGCCGCUGACAAGCUCAAGCCUCUUGACCUCUAUGCAGCACUCCAUACUGUCAAGGCUCGGACACUUUGCUUAGGAUGUUCAGAUGAUCCGAUAUGCUCAGAGAAUGUCUCGCGUAUCACAGCUGAGCGUAUACCUGAGUCGCAGCUUGUUGUUAUCCCCCACUGUGGACAUUUCCCUUGGAUUGAGAAACCCGAUGAAUUUUUUGAGGCAAUCACCACGUUUCUUAAAUAA